UUAAAUUGACCUUUAGGUUCUCUCUUCUUCAACACAACUAUUUCCCAUUUCAAAAGCUUCUUUUCUUCUUUUUUUCCUCCAAAUUUUUUUGUUUCUUCUUUCAAUAUGGAGUUAGCUUUGAGCUUAGGAGGGGAUAAUACCCCAAAACCAAUAUUGUUUCUUGAAAAAUCAUCAUCUUCUUCUUCCUCUUUAAAUGAGAAUAAGGUGAGCAAAGAUGAUAAUUUAGGGUUUUGCAUGGUUUUAGGGAAGUGUAAUGAAGGUGAAGAUGAAGUUGGAAGAAAAAAAAGAUCAAGAAAACAUCAAGAAAUUAGGUCAUCAAUAGAUCCAUCACUUCAACUUGAUCUCCUCCCUUUUUCUCCUGGAGUUUCUAAGAACACCUCUUCACAACUCUCUUUCCCUUGGCUCUCUCAAAAUUUAGCUAUUGAACCGGCCGGUUUAACAAAUGGACCGGCUGAGGGAAAGGCGUUGGAGAUGAACCGGAUGCAGUUAGUGGUGGCGGAGGAGGGUGAAGAAGGGGCGGCGCUUUCAUCUCCGAAUAGUGAAAUAUCAAGUUUUCAGAUGAACUUUCCGAUAUAUAAAAAUGGAAAGUUAACAAAUAUGAAGAGAGAUCAAUGUGAACGCUAUAAUCGAUGGGGUAAUAAUAUUAAUAAUUAUUCUUGUUCAAGAGCAAGUGAUGAAGAAUUAGAUGCUUCAGCUAGAAAAAAACUUAGACUUACAAAAGAACAAUCUGCUUUUCUUGAAGAAAGUUUCAAAGAACACAACACUCUCAACCCUAAACAGAAGCUUGCUCUAGCAAAGCAGUUAAAUCUUCGUCCAAGACAAGUAGAAGUGUGGUUCCAAAACAGAAGAGCAAGGACAAAAUUGAAGCAGACAGAAGUAGAUUGUGAAUAUUUAAAGAAAUGUUGUGAGACAUUGACAGAAGAGAAUAAAAGGCUGCACAAAGAACUUCAAGAAUUAAGAGCUUUAAAAUCUUCACAACCUUUUUACAUGCAACUUCCUGCCACCACUCUCACUAUGUGUCCGUCUUGUGAGCGCGUCGCAACCACUACAACCUCUGCCAUUACUACCACCACCGUGACACUUGCCACGACUACAACCACCGCCACCGCCACCGCCCCCUCGAACACACUGGCGCUUCAUAAUCAUAAGUUGAUCAGCUUAAUGACCAAAUGAUCAGUGUACAAAUAAUUGUUAGGAUUUUGACUUAGGUGUUUUUUGCUUAUUGUUAUUUGUUUGAUUUAAAAGAUUUCUUUCUUUGUUUUGAAUUUAUUAUAAACUAUACUUUGUAAUGGUGAGUUUUAGAACUAGCUAGGCAAGAAGUUUGGGAGGAAUUUAGAGGGAAAAAACAAUAUUUAUUGCUAAAAAUUUUGAUGUUUUAAUUAGAAGAAAGAAAUAAGUUAUUUUUCCUUCA